UGAUUGUGAAAUCUUCAGACGCGACAUCCAUUAUGUCGUGGACAUUGAUCUUGAGCAUCAUAUUUAUGGCAAAAGUCGUGGAUAGCGGAUUUUACCGCUACCCUUAUCACCAGAUAGUAGAAACUGUGCCUCAAACGGAAGUCGUCGAAUCCUCAGAGGUGCCUGAGAAAUCUAUUUCUUAUGCAAUAUCGGCCAAUGACUAUAAUUACUUGAAAGAAUACAAAAAGGGACAUCAAGAUGUGCAUUAUAACUCGAAUAUUGUUGGCACACAGACAGCAGCCAUCGCGAGCACAAGCCAAUUGCACUCUGAAAAUCAUCACGGGUUUUAUAACAACAUCGUUCAAAAUGACGUUAACGAUAUAAUUACUACGCAGGCAAAUCUGGCGCAACAUAUACAGGUACCUGUCAUUCAACCAAUAAUAAAAAAACAUAUUUAUUUCCAUGUUCCUCCACCUGAAUUUGAAGAAGAACAAUCCAUCAAACACAUUCAAAAGCCGAAAAGAACAUAUAACAUAAUAUUUAUAAAGACUCCUUCACAAAACGUUUAUGGUGUCAGCAACGCUCAAAAUUCGCUUAGAAAUAAUCAAGCGAAUGUUGAAGAAAAGACUCUUAUUUAUGUUUUGGUGAAGAGACCCGCAGAGGAAACGUUAGUGCCAGUACAGCAGAAACCUUCAGACCAUGAGGUAUUUUAUAUCAAAUAUAAGGACAGCCCACGACUGCAACCCGUGCUGCCAAACAUCUGAAGGGAAACUCGCGGCCAGACAAUGUUGAUUUAGUAAUAAUGUCUAGCGAGUUAUUAACAUAAGUAAUCUAGAAACUGCCUAUAUAUAAAUCAUAAGCCAAAGCAAUAUGUCAAAUAUGUUAGUGUAUUUUUCGUUUCCAUGCCACUCUCGUCUUACGUAAGAAUUUUUAUAUAAGUUUGGAUAUACUUUUGUUAUUUACCCAAAUAAAAUAGGUAGUGCGUUUCGGUAGUUUGAGUUAAA